GAUGUGUCAGUCCGCUAUGCUGUGGUGUUUGAGACGAAUGGAGAAGAACGUGAAGAAGAAACUGUUUCCACUAUAGAACCAGGCACAAGAACAAGGACAGUUGUUUACACAAAUGGACACAAACUGAAAGAUAUGGUUUCCAAGGCCUUAAGCGUGGAGACGUCACUGCCUGUGGAAAUACAUACACUCAGUUUUGAACCUGAUCCCACUGUUUCUCUAAGAGAGGAGUUGGAAGCGACAACCUUGGUAACCUUGCCAGAGGAGGGUGUCGGGAACACUGAAGGUUUUUUCCCAACUGUUGCUGUCGGAGAGGACUAUCUUGAGGCUUUUACAGACAUGCCUGAGGAAUACAUCAUUGUCCCUUUCAGUGACUCAGUUAUUGUUCUUCCUGCUGAGGCCACCACUGCCUCAGCCCCAGAUACACCCCCCGCGGAUAUUAGUGAGGGUCCUCCCUCAGUAGAACCAGUAGAGGAGACUGUAGUGGAUGCUAGAGAUGAGACAGUUGAUGAAGAGGCUACAGAUGAGACACUUGGCAUAGAGGAGCCUCCAGUGGAUGUUACAGGGGAGAUGAUUGAGGUAGAGGAAACUGUGGAUGCCACUGAGGAGACAAUUAACAUGAAGCCUGCAGAGGAUGCCACAGAGGAGACACUUGAUAUAGAGGAGACUGUGGAUGCGACAGAAGAAGACUACCUUUGGGUUUGGCCACCAGUAGCAACAAUGGCGGCCAUUACGGAACAGCCUGCCACUGAGGAGACACUUGAUGUCGAGGAAACUGUGGCUGCGACAGAAGUCUACAUUUGGGUUUGGCCACCAGUUACAAGAACGUCUGUUAUGAAACAGCCGACCACAAAAUCGAUUACUCCCUUUCCUCCUGAGAAAGAUGUUGUAGAUGAGGAAACCAUCCCAACUGUUGAACCUGAGGAAGAUGAAGGACCCACAACUACUGAGGCGGCUUUAGAGGAGCAACUGGACAGAGAAAAUCUAAUUAUCACCACUACAGCAUCUCUAGACGUAGAACCUGCAUCCAUCGGAACAUUCACCACUGCUACAAAAUCACAAACCAUGCCUUCAUCGGAGGAUGACAUCAUCCAAGCAGAGCCUGAGGAAAUCUACUCGGCAUCUUUUCCCCCUAUAGCCCAUGGACCUUCAGAAGGAGGGGACACCACCCGAGAACAGGACCCACUUGAGACGGCCGUGGAUAUCUCUACUGAUGACUCUGACAUGCAGGAGGACAUAGAAAAGGUAGAAACGGACGGUACAGAAGCCGCCGAUACGCUGGAUGAGUUUGGCAGUGGAUUGGAAGGUCCAUUUGAGUCCACUGCAGCCCCCGGACUCAGACACAUGAGCACCCCUUUAAUGGCCACUACUGAAAAGGACAAAGAGAUGGUGGUUUUCUUUAGUUUGCGAGUCACUAACAUGAUGUUUUCCGAGGACCUGUCCAACAAGAGCUCUCCUGAGUACAGGUCAUUGGAGAAUACUUUUCUUGAGCUGAUUCUCCCAUAUCUGCAAUCUAAUUUGACAGGAUUUAAGCAAUUGGAAAUCCUCAACUUCAGGAAUGGUAGUGUUGUGGUGAACAGCAAGAUGAAAUUAGACAAAGAUGUGCCACAUAACGUGACACAGGCCGUGCACUGUGUGCUCGAAGACUUCUGCAACACUGCGUCUAAACGACUAGACAUUGAGAUUGACAGUCGCUACCUGGACAUAGAACCUGCUGACCAAGCAACUCCCUGCAAGUUCUUGGCCUGCAAUGAGUUUUCCCAAUGUGUGGUAAACAGUUGGACCCAGGAGGCUGAGUGUUUGUGUGACCCUGGGUACAGCACUAGGGAUGGCCUGCCCUGCCAGAGUAUUUGUAACCUGGAGCCACACUACUGCUUCAACGGGGGCCUUUGUGACAUCAUCCAGGGCCAUGGAGCCACCUGCAGAUGUCCUGUCGGGAAAUACUGGCACUAUCACGGAGUGCGCUGCAAUGAGCUCAUGUUGCUGCCUGUAGACCCAACCAUUUCCAUAGCCUUCCUGGUGGGAAGCCUUACCUUGGUUUGUGCCAUCAUAGGCAUCUUGGUAUUCAUAAACAAGAAAUGUAUCGGGACCCGAAAGACCGUGACUUUGGUAUCCCCAGACAGCGCGACACAACCAGACACGACAAGCUAGUCUCUGAAAUGGUAGAUUUACAUCACCGUAUACCACACAACAAGUUGUGGCGACCACCAAAUGAAUACUGAACUUGUUGCCUGUUAAGGGCUUCAGAUAACGAAUGCUUUGAGGUAAUUGUUCUUUGAUGGCUCAUCUCUUGCCAGUCUACACACAGACUUUAAAAGCAACGUAAGUCUUGGUUGCUUUGAACUUGAGCUGUAUAUUCAUGUCAUGGCAGUGGACUCCUCUAUUACAUGGUGAAAUGUACCUAGGAUAGGACGCAUAAUUUCAGACAGCUGUGUGGUUAUUAAAUGCUGGACUAGAGGGUUGUGUUAAACUGUACAUAUUAAUGACUAGGUUAGAUAUUGAAGGCUAGGAAUGUUUUUCAGAUACUGUAUAUCCUUCACAAAGGUUGUUUUCUUUCCUCACAAUGAGGAAUUUAUUUACACAUUGAUACACAUGGUGGUAUCAUGACCAUAGAUGAGAUGGUUGUUUCAAUGUUAUUCUAACUUGUGUUCAGUGUCCCAAUAAAGAAAA